AUGGCGACCGUGUCUCAUCCCCCGCCGGCCGCCGAACCCGAGCCUCCACUCCUCUUUGCCCCUGCUCACUGGCCCUCCUCUCCCCUUGUAGCCGCCCAAUCUGCCACCCUCGCCCGACCUGCACAGAGCUCACACCAAGCGCCGAUACCGCUUCAGCUGAGAGAGGCAACGAUCGCGCGCACCCACGCAGCCCCCCCCCCCCUCCUCCCUGUCCCCGCACAAAGUCCCCUUUUUUCCCUCCUUCCCCCUCGCGUGGGCUCGCCGUCUGGAUCUCUGGGCGGGUGCGCGUGUGUGCAUACCCCGUACUUCCGGCCCACACCUCUGCCAUGUCCUCCGCCACGCCGGGUAACGCCCCCCCUCUCCAACGGAAACGCAGCCUUGCCGACAUAUUCCGACGCAAGCCCUUCCGCCGCCGGGGCUCUUCGCAGUCCGCAUACGGCUACCAUGAACAGGGCUCAACGGACCCGGCCCCCAGCCGGCCACCUCCCCCCAUUCCCAACCAUCUUCUCCGGCAAGACCCCAUGUCCUUGUCCGUCAGCUCCCUCAGUGACAUCCACACGGCCGGGCUCCCUGCGCACCUGCGGCCACCCUAUUGCUCCUCUUUGGCCGACUACGACAUUCACCUCACGCCCAUUGGACACGGCAGUUCCGGCCGCGUGGUUGUCUAUUUGGCGCUUCAGAAUUUGAUUUCCUCGCACAGCGUCCCCUCCUCCCAGUCAACCUCGGCGCAUGAACUCUCCCAGCCGUCGGCCUCGUCCUCCGGGCAUCAUCACUCCCCGAGCCCGCAUUCGCUGCACACGGCCAGCCGUUUCUUUGCGCUCAAGUGCAUCCGCGUGUCCUUCGAGCGCCUGGAGGCCACCAUGCGCGGCAUCUGCCUCUGGCGGCAGAUGAUCCUCUCCCAUCCGCACAUUCUUCCCAUCUUGGCAACCUUCACGGCGGAUCCCCUGCCCAAUGAGGAUGGCGAUGGGGAGGCGGAUUCCCUGGGUGCAGACGCCGUCUCGUCUGGUAACCUGUCGGCCGGUGACGCCCUCCCGCCGGUUGUCUGGGAUUUCGAGGAAGGCGACCCGGUGCCCGAUGCUGGCGAAGCCCUAGAGGACCGGGACAUCUGUGUCUGGCUGCUGAUGCCCCUCAUGUCGGGGGGCUCGGUCAGCGGGCUCAUUUCACAAGCAGCUGCCGCUGCCACGACAGCCACGUCCGCCCCCGAGGCGCGGGAUAGCGACAAUGACGAUGCCCCGGGGCCAGGGCACAUGCCUGGCUCAGGGCUCAAUGACUUCCAAUUUGUCGUAUGUCUGCUGCGCCCCGUCCUUCGUGCCAUGGUGUAUCUCCACUCGCACGGGCUUGUCCACAAUGACAUUCGAGCCGAGCACAUCCUUGUCGACCCAGAUGGCCAGGUCCGCUUGACGGGCCUCAGCAAUAUGAGUCUCUUUUCACAACGCCCCGAGUACUUCUGCUCGCUGGCCCGACAGGCCGCCGAAGGCCAAUGCUCGGCCCAGAUGUGGGAUCCAGCGGUGGCCGCAUCGGGGGCCAUCUCGCCGGAGGCCCACACAUUCAUCGGUGAGCCGGACUGGAUGGCGCCGGAGCUACUUGCCCAGGACUCGACAUACGGCCCGGCGGUAGACAUCUACGCCUUUGGCAUCACCUGCCUGGAGAUGAUCUAUGGCUGCACACCUUACAGCGACUGGCCCCAGAUGAAGAUUUUCAUCGACAAACUUGAUCGGCCCUUCCCGCCGCUGCCGCGAACCGUGAAGGAGGGCUUCCCGCCGGCCUUCUACCGUUUGAUUGUGGCCUGCCUCUCACGCAAUCCCAAGGACAGACCCACCGCUCUUCAGAUCCUGUCGCACGAGAUUUUCACCACUCCCCCACCGGUGGUGAGGCCCCUCGUGCCGCCGCCCUUCCUGCCGGGCUCAGUUACCCAUCCGGAUCAGGACCCGCUCGGCUAUGCCAAUGCCCUGUAUGUCUCCAGGUACCUUGAGGGCAAUAGCGAGCAUUCCUCCGAGGAGGGGGGUGCGUCGGAUUCCGACACCUUUUAUUCUUGACAGGGGGAAGUACCACCUCCUCCUCCUCCUCCUCUCUCU